AUGUUGAUGGAUAGCUUCGUCAUAAAGAGACAGGAAUAUGGUAGUAUGGAGAGAGUGAGUCAAGAGAACUCAGCUCGAGCUGUUAAACCACAUCCGAAGCCCAAAGUGAAAGGCACUGGGGAUGCUGUUGCGGACGAGCUAAAGGACGCGCUGCGAUUUCGAGAUGAAAGAGUUAGCAUCAUUAAUGCAGAGCCUUCUUCAUCCUUAUUCGUCUUUUGGUUUGUGGUCUCGUGCUAUUUCCCCGUAAUAACUGCCUGUUUGGGUCCCGUGGCUAAUACCAUCUCAAUAGCCUGUGUGGUAGAAAAAUGGAGAUCCGUCAGGAACAACUCAGUGGUGAUGAACCCGCACAGUAACGAUACUGACGCCUUGAUGAAUCAAGUAAAAACUGUUUUUGACCCUCCCGGUGUUUUUGCCGUCAAUAUUGUGUCUCUAAUAUUGGGUUUUACGUCGAAUAUUGUCCUGAUGCUUCAUUUUAGCAAAAAACUGACGUACCUUAAGUCUCAGUUAAUUAACAUCACUGGUUGGACACUAGCUGGUGGGAUGCUUUUGGUGGACGUGGUUGUUUGUUCUUUGGUUGACAUGCCCAAUAGUUACAGCAAAACCAUCGGGUUCUGGUUUGCCUGCAUCAGUUCCGGUCUAUAUCUCGUAUGCACUAUCAUUUUGACAACACAUUUUAUUGGUUAUAAAUUACAAAAAUAUCCUCCAACAUUCAAUCUUUUACCCAAUGAGAGAAGUAUCAUGGCAUUCACUGUACUACUGUCUAUAUGGUUGAUUUGGGGCGCAGGCAUGUUUAGCGCUCUGUUACACAUCACGUACGGGAAUGCACUUUAUUUCUGUACGGUAUCAUUAUUGACUAUAGGACUAGGUGACAUCUUACCUAAAUCAGUUGGUGCUAAAAUCAUGGUUUUGAUCUUUUCGCUAUCGGGAGUUGUCUUAAUGGGUUUGAUAGUGUUUAUGACAAGAUCCAUCAUUCAAAAAUCGUCUGGACCUAUUUUCUUUUUUCACAGAGUUGAAAAUGGAAGGACGAAAGCUUGGAAACAUUAUAUGGAUGGCGAUAAAAUUUCAUCUGAAAGGGAAGCGUUUGAUUUGAUGAAACACGUUCGCAGAACAGCAUCGAGGAAGCAGCAUUGGUUUUCGCUGUCAAUGACAGUAGCAAUAUUUAUGGGGUUUUGGUUAUUGGGAGCCCUUGUAUUUAAGUUCGCAGAGAAUUGGUCAUAUUUUAAUAGUAUUUAUUUUUGUUUCUUAUGCUUGUUGACUAUUGGAUACGGUGAUUAUGCUCCCAAAACUGGCGCAGGCCGUGCAUUCUUCGUUAUCUGGGCUUUGGGCGCUGUGCCAUUAAUGGGUGCUAUAUUAUCCACAGUGGGUGAUCUACUGUUUGACAUAUCUACCUCUCUAGAUAUCAAGAUCGGUGACUCAUUUAAUAACAAGAUUAGGUCCAUUGUCUUUAAUGGACGCCAAAGAGCGUUAUCCUUUAUGGUGAACACUGGUGAAAUAUUUGAAGCAUCUGAUACAAGUGAAGGUGGCCCCGAGGAGACGUCGACGAGCUCACAGUCGAGUCAAAUUCGUGGGGACAGUGAUGAAACGCCUGAAGAAAAUCACUCUGGGGUAACAUCCCCUCCAGCAAGCCCACAAGGAUCUCUCUCUAUGUUAUCAAAAGUAUCCAGUGCCAAAGGGAUACUUCCACCAGAGUAUGUUUCUUCCGCUGGAUACGAAUCAGAAGGCUCUGGAAUCUGUAACCUAAGGAAUCUGCAAGAGCUACUCAAAGCUGUAAAAAAAUUGCAUCGCAUAUGUCUGGCGGAUAAAGACUACAAACUUAGCUUUUCCGAUUGGUCCUACAUUCACCAACUGCAUUUGAGAAACGCUACUGACGUUAACGAAUAUGCGAUGGGUCCAGAGUUCUGGAUAUCACCCGAUACACCUCUUAGGUUCCCUUUGAACGAACCUCACUUUGCUUUCAUGACGCUUUUUAAAAACAUAGAAGAGUUAGUCGGCAAUCUGGUUGAGGACGAGGAACUAUACAAAGCUAUAACCAAGAGAAAAUUUUUGCGUGAGCAUAGAAAAACACUUUGA